GCGAAGCCUGUUACGUAUGUGGUGACAUGGGCCCACAUGAAGUCUCAGCCCCAGCGUCUCGACGGUGAGUACGUUGAAGGUGGAACUUGGAAUGGCAAGCCCAAGUAUAAGCAGCGAGAUGGUCCCGGCGUCAUCUUCUACGAAGGUUUUACGCGCAAACUACCAGACGGCCAUGAAUGGCCAACAGGCUGGAAGCUUGGUGUUAAGGACCACGAAUCCAAGCAUCUUGUGCAAGCUGUCAAGCCGGGCUCAGAGAAGGAUGAUGUUCCUCCUGACGGGAAGUAUUGGAUGUAUGGAAGACAAUACCCCUGGAUCCUCAAGCGAAAGGUUCCGGCGUGA